CUCUCUGUGUGGAUGGUGUUUAUCACAGGAGGCUAGACCUGACCUACCACAUACCUUUCCUUUAACUGCUGUAUUUCGCAAGCCCAUUCAUUGCCCUCCUCCUUUGGGAGGGCUCCGGCCUGGUACGGGUUAAAGGAGAGAAGUGCGCGGCGAUUCCUAGAGAGGCCUGGAAGAGAAGGGCAAGGAGGAGCCUGGUCCUCCACAGGGACUGUACCUCCCACGUCCAAAUAGCCCUUCCUGACUUACUGUACCGAGAAAAGUAACUUCUCCACGUGAUGCAUUCUGGGAACUGAGGUAUAAUAGCACUUAGAAGGAAGAGGCCUUUCAUUCAUGAGAGGGGUCUGCUGAACACACAUUUCAAAGAUGGACAGGCCACACUCUUCAGUUCCGGAUGUUAGAAGGCACCUGGAUGCCAUCAAAACAGAGAGCACAGGCGAAUUUGGGGAAAGAACGGCACAGAAGAACCUGGAUGGGAACACUGGCAGCUCAGAUGGGCAGUGCCAGCACUUCCGGCACCUGUUGUACAAGGAAGCUUGGGGCCCCCGAGAGGCUUGUAGCCAACUUCACAGCCUUUGCCGUCAGUGGCUGAAGCCGGAGACACACACAAAACGGCAGAUCCUGGACCUGGUGAUCCUGGAGCAGUUCCUGACCAUCCUCCCCCUGGAGAUGUCGAGCUGGGUGAGAGAAUGCGGAGCCAAGACCACUUCCCAAGCGGUGGCCCUGGCAGAAGGUUUCCUCUUGAGCCAGCAGGAAGGCAGGAGGAAGCAGAAAGAGCAGCAGAUGAGGAAACUGUUUGCAGGAGCUGGGCCAGCCUGCCAGGUGGCAGAGAAGGUUCCGCCAGACAUGAGAAAGCAUCCGUUGCAAUGGGAGAUCAAGCAAGAGGAUGAUGGAGAGGCCAUUUGGCCAGGGGCUGGCAUGGCAUCCGCCAUGAGUCCUCCAUCCUCUCUUGGCCUUCGGGAUGCAGUAGAAGCACCGCCAUUCGGGGUAAGGCUCACUGGAAUAACGCAAAACAAAAAAGGAGUGGUGACAUCCCAGAGAUCCAGUGAUGAAAGAGAGACUCGAGUCUCAGGAUCAAGGGGUCGUCGGAGGCAUGUGGCUUGUGGCCAUGGAGGUUCCUUGUCACCAGGAACGUCAUCCAUCACCAAGAACGUUGCGAACGUGAUCGUGGGAGUUUAA